AUGGACCAAACCCAAACCACAUCAGCUUCGGGGAGGUCCGGAUCAGGUUCGUCAGAAUUCGGUCCAGGUUCGGUGGCGUGCGCUGGAGUUGCCGGUCUGGUGGCAGGAGCUCUGCUGCCAUUGGUCGGGCGGCAAUUAAGAGGCGCUCUUGGUCGGUUUUUGCCUGCCCCUACUGCACAACAAUCAGCAGCAGCAGCGGCGGGCUCACAAGCAGCACCAGACGCAGCAGCAGCAGACGGAACAGCAGCAGGAAUUAAACGCACAGAUGUGGACCUUGCUGACGUGGCAGUGACGUGGAUCCGUCCACCGCACCCCGAUUGGCAGGCUCCUGAUCAGCUGCUGCCGCCCUUCCCUGUCCCCUCAGCGGUUGACACUGAGGGUGGGAAGGAUGGGGAAGAGGAGGGUAGGAGAGAGGAGGGAAAAGGAGGAGAGGGAGGAGGGGAGGUGGGGGUGGUGAGUGUGCGAGUAGCGGACUGCAGCAGCAGUGUGCUGUACCCCCUCGUUAUAAGCACAGUGGUUCCUCGGCCUAUAGCCUUUAUCUCUACACUUUCCAAGACGGGUGUGGGAAAUCUCUCGCCCUACUCCUAUUUUAACGCUGUGGCGCACAAUCCGCCCAUGCUUGCGAUUGGUCACUGCUGGUCCAGUGGGAAGCCCAAGGACUCGCUCACAAACAUACUCGAUACAAGAGAGCUGGUGGUGGCGCUGAUCAGCGAUUGGUUCGUGGAAGCGGCCAAUCACACGUGCGGGCCUUUUCCACCUGAAGUGGACGAGAUGGAACGGGCUGGCCUCACUCCUGUGCCGUCUGUCAUGGUGAAGCCACCCCGAGUUGCUGAGUCAGCAGUCAACAUGGAGUGCGUUGUCAGACACACAUAUGACGUCACGGACAGGGAUGGAAGUGUGACAACAACGAUUGUGCUUGUGGAGGUCGUUAUGUUCCAUUUCUCUGAGCAUGUGGUUACACGCACCCCCAACACUGGGAAACUGAUAGUUGACCCAGCAAAACUUCGUCCUAUGUGCAGACUUGGGGGAAACACGUAUGGCUUUGUGUCCCACCUGUUUGAUAUUGCGCGGCCAGAUAAAGAUGGCAGGUACCCGGGUCACAAAGGAUUUGUGCAAAGUGAGAGGGACAAGAUUGUUUCACAGUAA